UUACACUAGAAACCCCAAUAGUUUGAAAAUAUUAACGCCAAAAAAAUACAUUUCUCAAAACAUAUUCUAAUGGAACACGAAGACCCUCUUCUUGUCAUCAUCCCCAAAACACCAACUGAUUCAUACAACUUGGCUUACAUCAUCUUCUUCACUCUUGGUCUCGGCUCUCUUCUUCCAUGGAACGCAAUCAUCUCCGCCGUGGAUUACUUCUCCUACCUAUACCCUUCCACCGCCGUUGAUCGGAUCUUCGCCGUUGUCUACAUGCUCUCCGGCCUCCUUUCUCUUCUUGUUAUUGUCAUCUUCUUCGCGCAAAAGAGACAUGCAAGCUUCAGAAUCAAUUUUGGUCUUUCCAUCUUCAUCACCGGCUUAAUAAUCAUCCCUGUUCUUGAUCUUGUCUACGUUAAGGGCCAGAUCGGUCUCUAUGCCGGUUUUGAUGUUACCUCCGUCGUCGCUGCGUUCUCCGGACUCGCUGAUAGUUUCAUGCAGGGUGGUCUUUUUGGUGUCGCCGGUGAAUUGCCUGAAAGGUAUAUGCAAGCUGUUGUCGCUGGAACUGCUGCUUCUGGUGUGCUUGCUUCAAUGUUGAGAAUCUUAGCUAAAGCUAUGUAUCCUCAAAACCCUGAUGGGUUAAGAAAAAGUGCAAAUCUGUACUUUAGUGUGGGAAUUGUUGUGAUGGUGAAAUGUGUUGUGCUCUACAACAUAGCACAAACACUUCCUGUAAUCAAGUACUACAAUGAGGUUAAGACUAAGGCGAUAAACGAAGAGAAGAGACUAAAGAAAGGUUCUUUAACCGGAACUGAGUGGAGAAAAACUCUUUGGGGAAUCGUCAAAAGUGUCAAAUCUUAUGGCUUUGGGAUCAUUCUCAUAUACGUUGUGACACUGUCGAUAUUUCCAGGAUUCAUCACUGAGGAUGUUCAUUCUGAGAGUCUCAAAGAUUGGUAUCCUGUUCUACUUAUUGCAGCUUACAAUGUGUUUGAUUUAGUUGGGAAAUGUCUGACCGCGGUGGUCAUGCCCGAGGAUGAGAGGAUAGCGGUUGGCGGUUGCGUUGCGAGGCUGUUGUUUUACCCUCUCUUCUGGGGUUGCUUGCAUGGUCCGAUGUUUCUGAGGACUGAGAUUCCUGUAAUGGUAUUGACAUGCUUACUGGGAUUAACUAACGGAUACUUGAUAAGUGUUUUGAUGAUUCUGGCUCCUAAAGCUGUUCCAAUGCAAAAUGCAGAAGCUGCUGGUACUGUCAUUACGCUCUUCUUGGUUAUUGGUCUGGCUUCAGGGUCUGUCUUGGCUUGGUUCUGGUUCAUCUAAAUUUAUUAAUCCAUAUACUAUCAUGUAUCGUUAUCGUUUAUGUUAUUUAUGUAUUGGGUUUUGUUGAGUAAAGUGCAAGUAUGCAAUCAAAUCAAUGUAAAGAUCUAUGGCAUUGUAUAGCAGAAA